CGGCAACCCUCCGGCUGUCCCGAUGCCGGGUGUUCUCCGGGAAGGAUCGCGCCUCUUUCCGGACGCCCCGGCUGGCCGCGGAUGAUGGGAGUGGUUGUCCCGCCCCGGACGGGGAAGUGAGCCAGCGCCCGUUGCCCGAAACCUCCUUCGGGCCCUUUGGCUCCUCCGCUGAGCCCGGCUGGGACGGAGCCGCCGAGGCGCUUUGCACGUGCUCAGAGGCGCCAUCGUCCGCCGUGCAGAGUCCCUUCUCCCGCGCCGCUAUGGGGAUCCUCAAGCUGGCCGAGCUGAUCAAGGAGGAGGCCCCGGACGCCGUUCGCCCCGCCAGCCUCCAGGAAUACAGCGGGCGGGUGGUCGCUCUGGACGUUUCCAUGGCCGUUUAUCAGUUCCGCUCAGCCAUGCCGGAGAUCAUCAACCGCCACGGGCAGAACAUCAGUUCCUUGCAGGGGCUCUUCUUCCGGACGCUGCACCUGUUGGAAAACGGCCUCAAACCCCUCUUCGUCUUUGAUGGGAAGCCCCCGGAGCAGAAGCAGCCGGUGUUAGCCAAACGGGCCGCUGUCUCUGGAGCCAGGAGGGGCACCGCAGAGCCUGAUGCUCCAGCGUGGCCCCCAAGACGAGACUCGGAGACUCUUUUGACCCUCCUGGGAGUUCCUUACAUCCAGGCUCCUGCGGAGGCAGAAGCCACCUGUGCCGCCCUAGUGAAAUCUGGACACGCCUGGUGUGCAGCCACGGAAGACAUGGAUGCCCUGCCCUUUGGGGCCGUGCGCCUCCUGCGGCAUCUUGGCGUGAAGAAGAGCCAUCUGGAAGAGAUCUCCUUGCCCAUCGUCCUGCAAAAGCUGGGGAUGACUCAGGAGCAGUUUGUGGAUCUCUGCAUUCUGCUGGGCUGUGAUUAUUGCCGCAAAGUCCGAGGAUUGGGCCCCAAGAAGGCGCUGAAGCUGCUGCAGCUGCACGGAAGCAUUGAGGAGGUGCUGCGGAACACCAGUCGUGAGAGCCACCCUGUGCCAGACGGCUGGUGCCUGGAGGAGACGCGGCGGCUUUUUCUGCAGCCGGAGGUGACGGAUCCAGGCCAGAUGGUGCUGGAGUGGAAGGAGCCGGACGAGGAGGGCUUGGUGAACUUCCUCACGCACGAGAAGCACAUGAAAGAGAGCCGAGUUCGAGGUCGCCUGAAGAGAUGGCGAGAUGCCCGCCAGAAGCUCAGUGAGGCCCCGGAAUCCAUCAAGAAGGGAAGACCAAGGAAGGCAACCACAACUAUGAAGGAUUUCUUCCCAGUCCAGAAACGUCCAAACAAGGCGCCCACCCGUCCACCUGCCAGGAAGAAGCCAAAGUUGUCUGAAACAACCCCAGGGAUUUGAAGGAGCGAGUCCCUCGCGGGGCCCUUGGUGCUCUCCGAGCUUGGUCAUUUUCCUGUUAGAUGUUUCAUUACCGAACUAGGUAACGCCAUCAGUUCCCUUUGCCUUGCACCGGAGGCCUCGUCGGGUGCCAGGAAAGGCCUCUGCUGUCCUUCAACACACACACACACACACAACUGUUGAUACGAGCAUCGCAUCGAUCAGAAUCGGCGUCUUUCUGCUGAGCAAAAUCGGCCAAAAGGUUGAUACCACCUUACAAUUUAACCACGGUUCAAUAGAAGAGUAUAUUUGUAGCUGUGGGUUGGACCGUGGGGUCCUUGUUGCUCUCUGAGCUUGGUGGGGUUUUUUGCAGAUGUUUCAUGACCCAACUGGGUAACCUCAUCAGUGCUAGAAGGAAGGGGGUUAGGUUGCUCCCUUUAUACAUAAGUAGAAUUCCUGGAGAGUGUUGAUGGGGAUGUGGCUUUCUCCUUGGUAGUUCAUAGAAUUAGGGUUUUGUUUCCUGUUGGAUUUUUUUACCUGGUACCUGAUAAAAGUGCAUACAUUUGUAGCUCAGGCUUGAACUGUGGUGCUCUCUGAGCUGGGUGCUUUGCUUGCAGGCGUUCUGUUACCCAACUACAUAACAUUAUCAGUGCUAGAAGGGAGUGGGGUUUGCAGAGAGGAGGAGGAGGACCGUGGGAUCCUUGGUGCUCUCUGAGCUGGGUUGUUUUCUCACAGAUGUUUCAUGACCCAACUGGGUAACCUCAUCAGUGCUAGAAGGGAGGGUGAGUUGUGGAGAGGAGGAGGAGGAGGAAGGGGGCUAUCCCAAGUUUGGUAGUUUUCCUGCAGGCAUUUCAUUACCUAACUAGGUAACAUCAUCAGGGCUAGAGGGGAGCGAAUGGUCACAUUUCAAUACUGCAACCAUGUUUCAUGUUGUGCAUUUUCAUUGCCUUCCAGUCAUCCGGAUCAGACAGAUGGAAAAUUUCCUUAAAAAGAUCCUUUCUAUGUUUCCCCCCCCUUUGUUUUGGGAAGAGAGUUAAAAGGAGGGGUCUGGAGGGUAUUUUUACAUAGUUCUCUUUCUCUUCACCUAUUUAAACGACAGGGCGCUUUCUGCAUAAUCCAGAGGUCUUCAAAUUUGGCAGCUCUUAAGACUUGUGGCUAUGCUGGCUGGAGAAUUCUGGGAGUUGAAGUCCGCGAGUCUUAAAGCUGCCAAGUUUGAAGACCUCUGGAUAAUCUAUUUUUGGAUAAAACUCUGGGAGUCUCUGGCCCCAUUAAGGUGAUGAUGUUCUGUCCCCCCCACCUCAGUCCGGGAGACAUGUGAACUGACUCAAUUAGCCAGCAAUUUAGUCCACGGCAGCUAUCAGCUCUGGCAGCAGACCAGCAAGGGUCUGUCAAGGUUUUCUUUAUCUUCCCUGAUGCCGGCGUCACAGAAGCUCGUUACCGGAGCAACCAGGAAGUCAGGAACAAACAGCAAUCCAGGCCAAAUACUCAGUCAAAUAGUUCAGCUUAAGUUUUCUCCAGUCAGUUUGGUUUGUCCGUCACGAAGUAGUAGAGCAGCCCCUCCUGCUUUUAUACUGGAGGGGUGUGGCUCCGUGACUCAGCACUCUCUAGGCCUGCUCCACCCCUUCUUCUGUUGUUCCCGCCUCUCUUGUCUACGAAACCGGGGAUCUAACCAGGACUGAUUGUCCACAGCUGGGUUUGGAAGCGUUGCCUGGCGGGGGGAGAUACAGGAGACAGAGGCCUUGUCACCUCCUCCACCUGGCCUGCCUCUGACUCCUGGAGCUGAGCCAGAGAGGCCGGCCCUGCAGAGGGGAGCCCCAACGGCCCUUUCCCCUCACUCUCUAAGUCACUUUCUGGCAGGGGGCCAGGCCCGGGGUGGGUGGGUGGGGGGCCUGGAGCCACAACAGAUGCAUAAUAAAUAGAUGCAUUUGAAGAAGCUUGUGAGACCCUGUUGCUUUUACUGCAAGGGUCAAACCCGCUAUUUUAUCCCCUUGGAAGAAAGAGGGGACUCUUUCACAGCUCCCCUCCUUUUAGAAUUUCUUUACAGUUUCUUUUUCCUACUAGAAUUAAUCUCAAAGGCAGCAGGCCGAGAAUAAAAAAGUCAAAAUGAUGGACAUUCCGGAUUUAACGUAGAAAGUCUCUUCCAGGGCAUUUUGGCAAACAUUUGGUGACAAACCAGACAAACAAUUGGAUUUCCUAUUUUAAAAAUUGGGACCAUCCAUUAUCGCACGUUUCCUUGUCCUAACAAUAUUCGAUGUAUAAUGAAACCUUGUUGGGCUGGCUGGGUGCUCCUAAAAGUUCCUCCUGAAUUGUCAUUUUUUUAACAUGGCAGGAAGAGAAAUAAGAUGACAAGGUUAUUUAUAUCGGUUAUAUCAGUUUGAGUUACACCGAGAUACCAAAUCAAAUUUACUUUUGUCCCUGUGUUACAAAAUAGAAGGUUACUGGAUUUAGAAGGUCAUGAUUGGAGAUUUGGGUGGUCAUCUCUGUAACUCGUGCUAUGACAAAGCUAACAUAGAUUUUAAAAAUGGUUAUGUCAGGUGGGCUAUUCUUAAGAGUGUAGAAUAAAUAGAAAUAGAGAUUCUGCCCCAAAACACCUUUUGUGCCUUUCAAUUCGAGAAAUAUUUUAUGGAUGAGAGAAAUGAUAAGUAAUCAUAAAUUGACUAAUAUAUCCUGAUGUCCUUGAAUUUUCUCAAGUAGAUUGUAAAAUAAAAUGUAGAGAAGUUUAAAACAAUAGAAGGAUAUCUUUGUCAAUAGUUUUUUUUUAAUGUAAAAUUGUUAGAAAAACUUAAGGUGGCUAAAAUAUUUUACGGUUUUGAACAAUGUAAAUUUGAAACAAAAUUAUGUACUAAGGAUGAGUAUAUUAUUUUUAAAAUGUAUAAACUUUUAUUGAAACUUGAAACAGAAGAAAAACUAAUAAAAGAAUGCAUGAUAAGAUGCACUAAAAACUUGGUUGCAAUAUACAAAGGGAACAAUGGGAAAAUAUGUGGUUGAAAAGAUUAAAAUGUACAUUGUGUUCUAACCUUAAAGAUAAUUUUUUAUAAAAUGAUGUAUUGUUGAUAUUUGUUACCAGAGAAAUUGAAAUGAAGCAACAUUUGAUUAUGUUUGAUGGCCGUGUAAAAAAAAUUUUUU